AACCUUAGAAUUGAGAGUGGCUUUGUGAAGAAAUUGAGAUGCUGAAAGGGAGAAAGGUUUCAGGGAGGGGAGAGGCAGUUGCAGCCACAUACGCCUUCGGUCCCGCCGAAGAUGACGUCAUCAUCAAACACAGGCUUCUCACUCGCACAACAACAACGAGGGGUGAGCCUCCAUUGAAGAAGCUUCAGAAGAAGUUCACCGCUUUCGUCUCCGAGGUUGAAAAGGACGACGCCGACAACUACAGUGACUGCGAUAAGCUCGCGAGAGCGUUCUUGCAGGAGCUCACGACUUUUGAGAUCCCGCUUCUGAAGAGCAAAGCCAUUGUUGAUGCAAAUAUCAGAGAGCAGGAGAAUUUCAACGAGCUCAAGGACGAAACGAAUCGACAGAUCUUGAUAGCGCAGAACGACAUUGAAGAUCUUAAGAAGCUUCUGGAAGAGAGUAAAGUUGAGAGAAGGCAUAAAGAGGAGUGUGAGGCUAUCAGGAAAUUGGUUGCUCAGCAACCGCCAAGGUCAGAGACGCAGAAGCUCAUUACGCAAUUGGAGAAAGAAAUCAUGGCGUUGGACAUGGAGAAUACUGCUGGUUCCAGAUUGUUGGAGCUUCGGAAGAAGCAAUUUGCUCUUUUGUUGCAUGUGGUGGAUGAGUUGCAGAACACGGUAGAGGAAGAGCAGAAGAAUCUGGUUGAGGAGAUAAGAAUAGCAACCGAGGAACUUAAGAAUGGGAUGGAGAAUGGAAGUGGAGGCUCAGAAGCAAUGACAAUUGACCAGUAACUAGGUUCGGUCUCAGUCUUGCUGUUGUAACAUCAUCUACUCUUUAAGAAGCAAACAUGGAGUACCCCCCAAAGUGAUUAGGAACCACUUAUAAAUCCAAUAUCAAUAUAUUUGUUCUAAUACUUAGGACCUUUGUAAAAGUGCAUUCUGAUUUCAAUGAUUUCAUCUGAAAGUAGGUCUUUAUGUGUAUGAGUGCGAGUGUUAGUUUAUCACAAACCAAAUGAAAUGAAAUCGGGAUAGAAAUUUUUUUAUCGCUA